AGGGGAAGUCUCUGUGCCGUUGGCAUCCAUGACUUCUUCUUACAUGCUGGUGCAUUUGUGCCUAUCCUGAGCGGGACAUUGCCGGGGCAGAAGCUGCUCUUGCUCACUGCGACCAGGCAGCCGACCCUCCCGAGCUGCUGUCCUGGAUCCUGAGCCUUUUCCCGUGGUGGGAGAGGUGGGACCUGCGAGUCAGGGCUGAGCCAGACCGGCCGAGGUGGGAGAAGGGAGACUGCUCUUUCGAGCAGUUAAUUUUUCAAGUCGGCACCUCUGUUCUGGCAGCUGAGCUGAGCAAACCCUCUGCUCUCGGCCAGCAGCGAUGCACAGGGGCUCACCUCCCUUCUUUGCACACUGCUUCCAGUUUGAAGUGAAAUAUCUGCAGGGGAGGAUGCCAUCCUUAGCCUUUGCUGCUUGCAAAUCUCUCACCACCCCGUGACAGCAGCAGGAAAUGCCGGACCGGGCCGGUGGCAUCUGUUUCCUCUCGUGGCGGGUGGGUGUCGCUGGCCCCGUACAGCCCGCCCAGCUCCACCGAGGCCAGGGCCCGCGCUUGGGCUGAGCAGACAUUUUCUUAACGUGGCCCCGCAGUGUUCGUUAUCUGCCCUGCUGGCGUAUGGAGUCGGCCGUUGCGUCCGUCCCGGUGCCGGCCAGAGCGGGGUGGGAGGCGGGUUUCCCUCUGUCCCACGGCAGCAAAGCCAGAGGCCCUCGUUUCCCGGUGAGGGGUACCCGAGGUGGCUGGGGACAGGGUAGCGCUGGUGGUGACGUGGAGCAGGAAGGGUGACGUGCCGAGGGGCCCUUCAUCGCUGCAGGAAGACACGGAGAAGCCUGGCUGCUUCUGGUGGGCUUGAUGCAGCCCGUCGUGGGGCUUCCGCCCUGGGCCGUACGAAGCGUUUCGUGAGCGCGCGCUGCUCUCCGGCACCUCCGGCCCCGCCGGCAGCUCCCCGCCGACCAGCGUCGGCAAGGCCGUACCCGGGUCCUCCAGACGCCGACCGCGACGGCGCGGCGCGGCUGAGCCGCUGGGGACGCGGGUGGAAGGGCCGAUCCUCCACGCCGUGGCCGGCCGCCCGGCAUCGCGCUGCCCCGCGGGCGCGCAAGGCGACCUGCGCGAGCCGGCCUCGCCGGAGGGACCCACCGGAGGAAACCAGCGCUGGCUGGAAGCCUGCGUGAAGCCUGGGAAAACCGCGCCAAGGGUGAUGCCCUUCCUGAUCGGCUCCUGAGGAAGGGGACCGCUUCCUUCCUCGCCGAAGCAGAGCGCCCCGUGCAGCGGGGCUGAGCACGUCCCUCCCUCCCGGCCCGGCCGGUGCCAUGCGAAGACCUCUCGGAGCGGCCAAGGGGGCCGCGCGGCUCGGCCUCGGCCUCGGCGGCUGCCGCGGCUCCGGGCCGCUGCCGCUGUGCCGGCCGCGCUGCGCCAUGGCCGCCGUGCUGGCAGCCGCCCUCCUCUCGCUGCUGCUGCUGCUGCCGCUGCUGCCCGCGCAGUGCACGCUGUGGCACGCGCUCGCCAGGACUCCCGGCAGCUCCCCGGGGCCUGGAGCCCUUAGGACAGCAGCCCCGGAGCAGGUGACGCAGCCACCACGCAGGGCCCCUGUCCCCAUCCUGUGGCCAAGCCUUGGGGACACGUACGGGCAGGACAAGACCUACUGUAGCUCGAAGUGCCCCAGCAGCAUCAGGAAGAGGGUUGUGGCUACGGAGUUCAAGGACAUCUUCCUGGAGACCAUCCCGGUGCUGCAGUGGGCACGGCACGCCCGGGAGGAGGAGUACCAGCGUCUCCGGAGAUACUCGGGGGCUCACGGCUGGAAGGGCGUCAGCUGGGAGGUCCUGAAGGCCUCUCUCUCCCUCCUGAACACGUCAGCCAACGGGUUCCUGUUUGACGCCCGCGGCCGGGGGCCGGGUGCCCCCGCGUCCUGCGUCCGCUGCGCGGUGGUGGGCAACGGGGGCAUCCUCAACGGCUCCCGCAUGGGCCGCGCCAUCGACGCCCACGACUACGUGUUCAGGGUCAACGGGGCCAUCACCGCGGGCUUCGAGAGGGACGUCGGCAGCAGGACCUCCUUCUACGUCUUCUCCACCAACACCAUGGUGAACUCGCUGGGCAGCUAUGCUGCGGAGGGCUUCGAGCACCCUCCCCAGACGCCGGAGACCCGCUACGUCUUCCUGCCGGACCACGACCGAGACUACCUGCUGCUCUGGGCGGCUCUGACCCGCCGGCGCGUGGACAGGGGCCGCGACAAGGGGGCCUGGCCCCAGAAGUACUUUGGAGGAGACCUGCUGGCAGGGAAGUUUAAGAUGCUCCACCCGGACUUCAUCCGCUAUCUCAGGAACCGGUACCCACCCGGGGGCACCUCCCAGGGCCCCCAGCCCCAGGCAGAGCCCCUGGGUGCCCCGGGCGCCCCGGAGGAGCCACCGGCGGGGGGGGGGGGGGCGGUGGUGGCGGGGGACCGCGGCCCCCAGCACGGGCACGGGGUGGGGAGCAGCCCGUCCCCCUUCCCCGGAGGCAGCGCGGGCUGGAUGCGGUUGCUAUGGACGUUCCCUGGCAACCGGAGCAUCCUCAGGCUCCGGCGCUCCCUCUGCCCCCGCAGAUUCCUCCGGGCCGACAUCCUGGCCACUCCGCAGCGGGCGCUGUACCGGCCCUCCACGGGGGCCGUGAUGCUCCUGGCCGCCCUCCACACCUGCGACGAGGUCAGCGCCUUCGGCUUCCUGACGCCGGACUACGCGGCGUACUCGGACCACUACUUCGACCGCACGCGCAAGCGGGUGCAGUUCUUCGCCAACCACGACCUGAGGAAGGAGAUGGAGCUGUGGCAGCGGCUGCAGCGCAGCGGCCUCCUGCGCCUCUACGCCGGGAGGAAGGGCACGUGACGGCGGGCGGACCUGCGGCGAGCCGGGCUGCGCCUGGGAGCCCAGAUCUGAGACACCGGAGGAGGAAAACUGUCCUCUGCCCUCCCAGCACGUCCCCGAAAAGCCCGGGGACAGGCCCUGGGGCAGGCUUGGGGCCCAAGCAAUGUGUGCGAUGAGUUUUGCCAGGUCUUGGCAGGGCUCCGCCAGGGCAAGCGGAGGAGCGUCCUCCUGCCGAGCCCCUGCUCUGUCCCCAGCCCGGCCCCGCAUGGGGGUGGAUGGGACCCUCCCCCAGAAAGGGCUCCGGUCCGGUCCCAGCCCCAGGGCCCCCUUGCCUCUGCCGGGGAUGCCCUGCAGCACCGGGUCUCCUCCACCGCGUGCCUCAGUUUCCCCACCCGGGUCGGGAGCGGCCGGCUCGCGGCAGCCCGGCAGUGCCGUCGGGUCCCUGGCAGUGCCGUCGGGUCCCUGGCAGUGCCGCUGGGGCUAUUCGGCAGGGCCGAGCUGUCCCGUGGCCCCAGGCAGGGCGGCGCCGGCCCUGGUGUCCCUGCCGCGCGGAUCAGAGCUGACACCCCAGCGUAGGCUGGAGCUGCUCCCGUUCAAGCAAUCAAUCGUGUGAAACCCAGCGUGGGAAGAGAAGGGGGAGCCCAGGUCCCUGCGGCUGCCUGGCCCGGGGGCCUCAGGGCGUCCUGCUGCGGCCGCCGAGGUGCCCUGUGCCCGGUCCCGCAGGUCCUCCGCGGGCUGCAGGUCCUCCUGCGCGUCCUCCUGCGGGGCUGCGCCCCGUGAAACGGGUUUUGGGGGAAUUUUUAACACGUUUGUACAGCAA